AGCACACAACACUCAACAUAAUCCUCAACAUUCUCUAUGGCACGAAAACAAACUUCCAAGAUCCUUUAUACCUAAAACUCAUUUCGUUGACUCAUGAUUGGCUCAACUUUGGCACCUCUAAAAGUCUAAUUUAUGAUUGGAUCCUAUCUUUACAAACCUUUUUCAUUGGAAAAAUGUCAAUUGUGCCUAGCGAAACCACAGCAUCUACUAUUACUUGGAUUAUUGCUGCAAUUGCAAAUGAUCCUGAAGUUCAACUUCGCGCACAAAGAGAACUUGAUUCAAUUGUGGGACAAUCAAUACUUCCAUCUCCUAAAGACAUGACUUCUCUUCCAUAUAUUCGUGCGUUGGUCAAAGAAGAUACCAUUGGGAAGGACAUUCCAUUAGAGAAAAAUGACGAAUACAUGAGAUACUACAUCCCGAAAAACACAGUAGUGUUCCUUAACAUGUUUUCGAUACAUUCCGAUCUAAUGCGAUACCCGAACCCGCAUAUCUUUAAUCCGGAUCGAUAUUUGGGUGUUACAGAGAGUGCAGCGACUUAUGCUCAAGGAAGUUCGGAAAAGUGGGAUCAGUUUACAUUUGAAUAUGUUUAUCAUAUCAGUAUGAAUUUGAUAGUUGAAAUGGAACUUGAAAACUUGGUCGCAUCUAUACUAACAGCUUUCAAAAUUGAAAUUCCUCGCUCAAACGACGAUGAGAAUUCACCCAAACUCAUAGAU